ACGUCAAUAAUUCCGAGCUUCACCUGAAGGCAGCAUCAGACAAACCUGCUGUCGGACACCCUGAAAGCAACAAGCUAGACUGGACAAAACGCUCACUGCUGCAGUGCCGCACACCGUGAUUUGACGGGAACAGCACCAAAACGAGGUUGUUUAUCCCCAUCCAACGUUUGUCUGAAUUAAACUGGAGGAAGAAAGAUGUCUGCGGUUUAUAAAGAUGACCAGGAGGACUGGCUGACAGUGUGUCUCAAGUACCUGCUCUUUGUUUUCAACUUUCUCUUCUGGGUGGGUGGAGCAGCUGUUUUGGGUGUAGGAGUCUGGACACUAGUGGAGAAGAGUGACUACUUGAGUCUGCUGGCCUCCAGCACUUUUGCAGUCUCAGCGUAUAUCCUCAUCCUGGCCGGCAGCCUGGUGGUGGUUACAGGCUUCUUGGGCUGUUGUGCUGUCAUCCGGGAGCAGAAAAGCUGUCUGUCCACGUAUUUCUUCUGCCUGCUGUUGAUCUUCUUGAUAGAACUGGUGGCUGGAGUGCUGGCUUAUGUCUAUUACCAGAGGCUGAGUGAAGAGCUGAAGCAGCAUCUCAACCAGACUAUGAGCGAAAACUACGCCCAGCCAGGGAGGGAGGCCAUCACAUUAGCCGUGGACAGACUACAACAGGACUUCAAGUGCUGCGGCAGCAACAACUCCCAUGAUUGGAUGGCGAGUGUGUAUAUUUCAUCAAAGCAGGCAGAAGGCAGGAUGGUGCCCGACAGCUGCUGUAAGACCAUCACCCCUCACUGUGGCAAGAGGGACCACCCCUCCAACAUCUACAAGGUGGAGGGUGGAUGCAUCACUAAGCUGGAGCAGUUUCUGGCGGACCACCUGUUGGUGAUAGGUGCUGUGGGAAUAGGAGUGGCCUGUCUGCAGGUCUGUGGGAUGGUUUUCACCAGCUGCUUGUACAGAAGGAUCAAGAUGGACCCUUACUGAGUACACCAGACCCACAACACACCACCUUCAGCAGGGAGAUGGAGCAAUGACCUGCUGACACUUAAGCUACAACCUCUGAAUCUUGAACUCUGACCUAAGCCAAGCGCAGAGACAUAUUCCAGGUCACUCACAUUGCAGUCAGAAACAAAUUAUGCUGUUCAUACAAAGCAUAUCAAACCAGGCUUAUACAUUUCUGACUGCGAUCUUUGCUUACUGGAACAUGUCUGUUUUACAUCAUUGCCUUGGCUUGGAUGCGUGCUUUAUUUUGAGCAGGACCAAAGAAAGGGACAUACUCUUAAUGCACUCUGCUCAGUUCAACUAAUAAUCCAAAGUUUACUCUGGUGUCACUGCUAAUGAGGAAAGGUAUAUCUGGUUGUAUAGUUUGUAAACACAAUGUGCCUCUUUCACAAUUCUGCUGGUAGAUAAUUAUGUACUAAUGCUGUGCCUGAAAUCUUAAAGGGAGCUGACAAUGCACUGUGAUACACGGCAGCAGUUGAAGUUUAUUAUCUUUAUAUUUGUAGUUAUGGCUAUAUAUUUCUGAAAAUAGCAGCAGUGAAUGUUAAAUUGUAGGUUAGCUAUUUAAGUGUAUGGUUGCAAACAUUUAGACCUUAUCACAAUCUAAUAAGCAAAGGAAAAAGUCAUUUUCUCAAAUUUCUGAAUCUGCAACUCCACCUAGUGGUUAACACUGGCCAUAUACUGUACUGUGUGUGAAAUUAUAACUGUAUGCUACCCUUCAGAAUUUUGCAAUACCUCAAAAUAAGCUAUUUAUCUUUGUGUGACACUAAAGAUAAAUGUACAUGUCAGAUGGAUUUUAACAUUAACAAACAUUACUUUCUGUGGAUUGUAGACCAAUUUUCAUCCUUUCCCUAGACACACUCAGCUUUCAAUCUCUACAGUGAAGCAGCUGACCUUUAUGAGAGCUAAAGAAAGCAUAUACUAUGUUUCUUUUCACUGCCUAAUCUAUCACUUGCCAUCCCUUUUCCCAUAGCUAUUACUCAUGCAACAAUGAGUGGCCUUGUUGCUGCCGUACUGUUGAAGUGAGAAGACUUGGCUGGCCUAUUAUGGGUUAUAAAGUAAGAGAAAUAUGUUCUGUGUUGUUUCUGGUUCAAAGAUGUAAAAAUGAAAUAUUUAGUUGUCAUUUUUGUUUCAUUUAUAUUCUUUGCAAUGAUGCAGCAGCUAAACCAAGACUCUAUAAAGGGACGUUGUGGCUCUAGUUUUUCUCCACUGACUAACUCAAAAGGUGCUAAAGUAUGUUGAUGGUUUAUGAUGAGAUAUGACAUUGGCAUGUGCUCCGACUACUGACUGUGCUAUUGAAAAUAUUGAUACGAAACUCAAAUAAAAGUUUAAUUAUUGCUGCAUUAA